AACGCACCCUAUGGAUGCGUUUGAAUCGUUUUAGGAACGACGGCGGGAGGAACGCUUCUGACUCUUUCCGCAUUUAAUCGUGUCUCGAGGAGGUGAAAAAUGGCCAAGUCUUCUGAAAAGAAGGGAAAGAGUGCCAUCAACGAGGUGGUGACUCGCGAAUACACCGUGAAUCUUCACAAGCGUCUCCAUGGUGUUGGAUUCAAGAAACGCGCUCCACGAGCGAUCAAGGAGAUCAGGAAGUUCGCGGAGAAGCAGAUGGGAACGCCCGAUGUCAGGAUAGACACGCGUCUGAACAAGCAACUGUGGUCUAAAGGCAUCAGAAACGUCCCCUUCAGGGUUCGCGUACGACUGAGCAGGAGGAGAAACGAUGACGAGGACUCCGCGAACAAGCUGUACACCCUCGUCACAUAUAUAUCCGUUUCGUCGUUCAAGGGACUGCAAACCGAGAAUGUGGAUGCUAGCCAAGAUUAAUGUAUUUCUGUAUAAUAAAUAACGAUGAGCUCGUAAG